GCUCCAGUCUUGGCUCUGUGAUUACUGCAACAGCAAGGUCUUCCCUGCAACGGCUGAAGUGGAGUAGCGAAGAACAAUGGAACCAUCAUAUAUCUUCCUUUCCCUUCUCACCAUGGCACUGGCAUCAAGCCUGCAGAAUCCUGGCUGCAGAAUCAGGAUCACCUCCAAGGGGCUGCAGUUUGUAAAACAGGAGGGAUUGAGGUUUGUGGAGGAAGAACUGGAGCAUAUCAUCAUUCCAGACUUGAGUGGAAAAGAGGGGAACUUCAAUUACAACAUCAGCAAUGUUCGUGUGACGCAUCUGCAUUUGGCUCAGUCAGAGUUGUGGUUUCAGCCACACAAACAGCUGGUGUUGGACAUUAACAACGCAUCUAUCAGCCUGACCUUCCAGCGCAAGCUUCUCUAUUGGCUCUUUUACGAUGUUGGGAUGAUUAACGCCUCUGCUGAAGGGGUGCACAUUAAGACGAAAGUGGAUCUUUCCAGGGAUGAGCUGGGGCGGAUGAAAAUAGCCAAUAUGACUUGUGAUGCAUCUAUCAACAGAAUGCAUGCUGACUUCAGUGGAACCCUCAAGAGGGUUUAUGAUUUUCUUGGUGCUUUCAUAACGUCAGGAAUGAGAUUCCUCUUAAACAAGCAGAUCUGUCCAGCACUCAAGCAUGCCGGGCUUGUCUUGUUGAACUCAUUGCUACAUACAGUGCCAGUGCGCAAUCCAGUAGAUGAUUAUAUAGGAAUUGAUUACUCCCUCGUGAGUGACCCAGACGUGUCUGAAGACAGUUUGGACAUGGACUUUAAGGGCAUGUUCUUCUCUCUCUCUGCAAAAAAUGAGACCAUUCCCAAUAUGUCACCAGAAUUAUACAUCAAGGAAAAAGAACGCAUGGUGUACAUAGCGCUGUCAGAGUACUUUUUCGAUUCAGCAAUGCAUGCUUAUUUCUACUCUGAUGUGCUGAGUCUGGAAAUUGCAGAUGACCAGAUGCCCAAAGACCUGGAGGUUUUGCUGCGGACUUCAUUCUUUGGAAGCAUCAUGUUGCUGGAUCCUUCGGUGGCUGAGUCCCCCAUGAAGUUGGAGCUGCGAGUCUUAGCUCCUCCCCGCUUUACAAUCAAACCCUCUGGGACCAGUGUCUCUGUCAACGCAAUUCUAAAUAUCUUCCUCACCCCGAAGGACCUGCCUCCUGUGCAGCUGAGCAGCCUAACCAUGGAAUCUCGCCUCAGUGCCAAAGUCACUCUCAAAAAGAAGACCUUGCAGGUUCACCUGGACCUUAAGAGGUUCCGCAUAUUCUCCAACAAGUCAGCACUGGAAUCCUUGGCACUCAUCCCGCUACAGAACCCAUUAAAAACACUUUUACAGCUCACUGUCAUGCCUGUUCUUAAUGAGAGAACCAAGCGUGGAGUUCAGAUUCCGUUACCAGAAGGAUUGGAUUUUACACGAGAGACUACAUCUCACCAUGCUGGCUUUAUCCUUAUUGGUGGCGAUUUGCACUUCUCCAAAAGUCUUCGAGAAGUUAUUGAGAAAUAUCGUCCUGCUCCAACUAUCUCAACAACAACAGUGGGGAACAACGACUCUAUCUAAGACCCUCUUGCUGGGAUCCUCCGGAUUCUCAAGACCAAAUAUCAACCCCCCAGGGUGCUCCACCACCAUGAAAAAGUGUUUUUUUUUCUGUUGGACACCUUACCUGUGGGCUGAAGGAUGGUCCUAAAAAAUUAAUUUUGUUGCUUUACCAAUCAAAGCAAAAGUUUGGUGUUGGGUGGUACCAACCCCCUGCCAAAAAAACAGUGUUGUAGAGAAGUAUACUGAGACAGUACUCUAUACAAGCAGUCCAUAAUUACUAUCCCUUAAGCAAAUAAGAAUUCUGCUAACAUUUCUAAAACAUAGAGCCUUUAUAAUCAGUAGCACAGACUGUAACAAUAUGAGCCUAGGUUUUUAACAUGCCAGACAGAGCUUCCUGAUGGAAAAAUUUAUACUAAAACAAUGAAAAAAGACAUUUCAGAAACACCAUUUUGCCCCCCCCCCCAUGUAUCUUUUUCUACCCACAGUUGGAGGAAAUGCUAGUAAGGAAUGCAGCAUUUUAAUGGGAAUGCCUUUGGGGGAAAAUGUCUAAUUAUUACUGAGAACAAUGUGUAAUAAUGUACAAUUUUGCAAAAAGUACAUUUACUUAAAUUCCAAAAAUGUUUAAAAUUUG